CGGCCAUCAUGAAGUAUGACAGCAAUGUGAUGAACAUCCGCCAGUUCAACUCGUCGCCUCAUCCCUACUGGCUGCCCAAUUUUAUGGACGUUUUCACUUGGUCCCUGCCUUUUGUGGCUGAGAAAACGACGGACAUGCUCUUCCACAUCUUGACGGCAGCUCUGCAAGCCGAGCCCGUGCCAGAGCGCGAGUUGACUCCGGAAGAACAAAAGGAAGCCGAGAAAGAGCGUCGCCGAGAGGCGGUCCGACAAAAGAUUCGGGCCAUUGGUAAAAUGGCACGCAUGUUUUCCACGCUGCGGGAGGAGUCGGAGACUGUGCUCGUUCUCAAGGGCCUUUCCGACACGGGCGCCUUGCCCAGGGGCUCACUACUUGCUGGAAAAGAGGGCCUUAUGAAUGCGGUGGCCAACUUCAAUGAAGCUCAGCAAGUGGAUGCUGAGAACGAGAUGAUGCCGCCUCCCAAGACGGCUGAAAAGCGUCGGAAGAAGAAGAGUGGGGGCUUGGCUCAUCAGCGAAAGCCUAGCCCUCGGCGGCGUUCUUCAUCAUCACGACGCCGAUCCUCGGGAUCGUCACCCACGCCGCGCAUCAAGGGCCGAGGGAGUGCUGGCUCUGUCGGCAAGGGAACCCACGGCUAGCAAUAUACCAAACCUCGGGUGAUUGACGAGGUGGUUGGACAUGCCUUGGAUGUUUUGAGUUUUCUUCCUGGUUUGCGGUUGCCAGCCGGUUGGGUGUGCUCCUGUUUUGGGAAGAGUCCGUGCUUUAUUAAAUUUUUGUCAUUUGUUGUGGUUGGAGUCAGAGUCUUUGUGUGUUUGUCUCUCCCUGCCAAGCGGGGGUCCCUUGUCCACAAGCCAAGUCGCUUCAAUUCACCUCUUAAAAAG